UCAGCACACUUUUCAAUUUCUGCAUGUACGGAAAAUAUUUCUGUAAUGCAUUAAGUUAUAUUAGAAGCGAAGUCUUAAAUAUGAGUGUGUUCAUUCAGAAAAUCAAUCCUAUGACUGGAUCCAAUGACUGGAUUUUGCAAAAUGAAGACUACGAUUAUCAUCAAGAAGUAGCCAGAGCCGCUUUUGCCGACAUGCUACAUGAUAAGGAGCGAAACGAGAAAUACGAGCAAGCUCUGAUCUCAGCCAUUAAAAACAUGCACUCGAAAGGAAGGAAAGCUAAUGUUCUAGAUAUCGGAACUGGCACCGGUUUACUGUCUAUGAUGGCUGCUAGAAACGGUGCCGAUUUAGUCGUUGCCUGCGAAGCUUUUAAUCCUAUGAGCGAGUGCGCUAAGAAGAUAAUUUCACGGAACGGAUUCCAAGAUCAAAUUAAGAUCAUUCCGAAAAGAUCGACAAAGCUGACUGUCGGCGAGGAAGGGGACUUAAAACAAAAGUGUAAUAUUUUGGUUACAGAAGUUUUUGAUUCGGAGCUCAUAGGCGAAGGAGCUUUGUCUACAUUUAGUCAUGCACAUAAACACCUUUUGGAAGAAGAUUCGAUAGUCGUGCCGGAUUCGGCUACGAUUUAUGCGCAAGUUGUGGAGUGCCCUCUAGCACAGAAUUGGAAUAAAGUGAAAAAUAUUUUUAAUAACGACGGAGAACUGUUGGUGUCUAUACCAAAAUCUAUUAAGACUUGUCCGGGAACGGCCGCAGUUCACGAUAUUCAACUCAGUCAAUUACCGACCCACUCUUUUAACACAAUAAUUUCCCCCAUACCCGUGCUUAGAUUCGAUUGGUCGGGCAAGACACCAUUCGUUUUCGACAGAUUCACCAUCAAUACUGUUAAAUCGGAACAUGAUGGUACGGCUCAGGCUGUUUUUAUGUGGUGGGAGCUGCAAAUGGAUACGGAAGGUAAGAUAACAUUAAGCUGUGCCCCUCGCUGGGCUCAUCCAGAUACAAAAAAUGACAAAAACGCGGAAAUACCUUGGCGUGAUCACUGGAUGCAAGCCGUCUAUUAUCUCCCCAAUGAGGUAAGAGUGAAGAAAGGCCAAGAAGUGCAUCUGAUAAGCUGUCACGACGAGUAUUCCCUUUGGUUUAAUUUAACUGAGAAUUUGCGUUUAAGUGAGGGACAUUAUAUGAACCCGGUUUGCACGUGCGGAGUGCACAGUUGUUUUUCACGUACAAGAGUGGGUCAGGUCAAUGACCCCAGGAGGAACAAAAAAUAUGCGUCUCUGUUCGAAACUCAUAUUAACAGCGACAGCACCGUGUUAAUCCUUACGGAAGGUUUCUAUUUUGGUUUAUCUUCUGCGAAACUAGCAAAGAAAGUGUUUGUAACGGAAACGAAUCAGAUAUCCAGGAGAAUUGUGGAAGAAUUUAUAAGGCACAACAAUAUAAAAAACGUAGAAGUUAUAUCUAAUCUCGAUGUUUUGAAUGAAGUGGAUUUGAGUAAAGUGAACGUCGUCAUAAGCGAACCCUACUUCAUGAGCAGUAUUCUACCAUGGGACAACUUGUUACUUUUAUAUCUGUUGAAAAGCAUUAGAAAAUUUAUCCUCCCGGAUGCUCAGAUUUUUCCGAAGAAGGCCGUGUUAAAGGGGGUCGCCGUUCACUUUACCGAUUUAUACAAGAUACGUUCGCCUCUCGGAACAUGCGAGGGCUUCCCGAUGGAGGACUUUGAUCGUCUCAUUGGGGCGUCGAGUAAUAUCAGCGAUGACAAAGUUGAAGCUCAGCCUCUUUGGGAAUACCCCGGGACGGCUCUGAGCGAGGAAAUGGUGAUUGCAGAGAUAGACCUGGUGAACACACCGGAAUCGUUGCUUGAGCUGAAGGGAACGUUUUAUUUGCAGACAGAGAUGGGUUGCAAUGGCAUUGCACUGUGGGUGGACUGGGAUAUGGACGGUUCGCCAAAACACGCAGUUACGACUGGUCCCAUUGCUCCAGUCGUAAUAGGGCAAAAAAUUAGUUGGGACAUGUACACUCGCCAAGGCGUUUACCUUUUCCCUAAUAAAGUUAUGAAAAACAUUAAUUAUGAAUUCAAGUACGAUUUCCACGAAGGGAAUAUCACGUUUAAUUGUUUAUAGCCUUCAGUAUUUUUUUUACUUGUACGUUAUACAUUAUAAUUAAUUUGAAUUAAAGUAAAUUAAUUUUUAAUCUUUUAUAUGUAAGAUUAAAGUCGGUUAACACGAUGUUCUGUAAACUAUCCUUUGUACAAUUUUUUUUAUAAAAGGUAUGUUAUUAAUUCCUGAAUAUAUUUUAUGUGAAAUUGUGA